AUGAACGGUCGCCCAGGCAGUCUGGUCGCAGCGACCGAAAAUCGUGACGACUGGAUCGCUGGAGGCGACAUUGAACCCAUAAUGGGUGACCAGAACGGUCGUCUAGACUCGCCGCAGAGUCAAGAAGCCGAAAGUUCAGCCAGUCCGCCUAGCCUUGAUCGAAGUCGGGAGAAAGAAGCAAAUAGCCUGCCUGGAACUGAUUUCAAUACAUGCUUUGAAAGGCAGUGUUGGCACAUCACUACAUAG